ACCACUUCACUUCUCUUCUCAUAUCAUCUCAUCACACCACACUUCUCUUUUCUUCUCUUCUCUUCUCAUCACAUCACACUUGCUUUCUUUCUUUGUUGAUUUGUUUGCUUGAGUAGGAACAAUGCCUGCAGUUGGAGGAACAACAGGAAUAGGUGAAAAGGGUAAGGAGUACCCUGGAUACCUCACCCGCUAUGUGUUGCAAUCAUGCAUAAUUGCUGCAAUGGGUGGUCUUAUCUUUGGCUAUGAUAUUGGAAUUUCAGGUGGGGUGACUUCCAUGGAUUCCUUUCUGUUGAAGUUCUUCCCGUCAGUGUAUCGCAAGAAGAACAUGGACACAUCCACGAAUGAGUACUGUCAGUAUGACAGUCAGUUGCUGACCAUGUUCACCUCAUCCCUGUAUCUGGCAGCGCUGUUGUCUUCUCUGGUAGCAUCCACUGUUACCCGCCGCUUCGGUCGGAAACUCUCCAUCCUCUUAGGAGGCAUCCUCUUCCUUGUUGGUGCUCUCCUCAAUGGUUUUGCCCAACAGGUUUGGAUGUUAAUUGUUGGUCGAAUCUUGCUCGGCUUCGGUAUCGGAUUUGCCAAUCAGUCUGUUCCACUUUAUCUCUCUGAGAUGGCUCCCUACAAAUAUAGAGGAGCAUUGAACCUCGGGUUCCAAUUUUCCAUCACAGUUGGUAUUCUCGCAGCGAAUGUGUUGAACUAUUACUUUGCCAAAAUCGAUUGGGGAUGGAGGUUGAGCUUGGGUGGUGCCAUUGUGCCGGCUGGGAUAAUCAUCAUUGGAUCAUUCUUUGUACCUGACACCCCAAAUUCCCUGAUCGAACGUGGAGAACACGAGAAGGCCAAGGAGCAACUUAAGAAAAUUCGUGGGGUGGAAGAUGUUGAUCUAGAGUUCAAUGACCUCGUGGCCGCGAGUGAUGAAUCCAAAAAAGUGGAGCACCCUUGGAGGAAGUUGUUGCAGAGGAAGUACAGACCUCAACUCACCAUCGCCACACUCAUCCCCUUCUUCCAGCAGUUUACUGGAAUCAAUGUGAUUAUGUUUUAUGCACCUGUGUUGUUUGGCUCCAUUGGGUUUAAGGACAAUGCUGCUCUCAUCUCAGCUGUUAUCACCGGAGGUGUUAAUAUGAUAGCCACCAUUGUCUCCAUUAUUGGGGUUGAUAGGUGGGGUAGGAAAGCUCUUUUCCUUGAAGGUGGGAUCCAAAUGCUGAUAUGCCAGAUUGUGGUUGCAAUUUGUAUUGGCCUCAAAUUUGGAGUUGAUGGAAAUCCUGGUAAUUUGCCACAGUGGUAUGCUAUUGUGGUGGUGGGCUUUAUUUGCAUCUACGUCGCAGGGUUUGCAUGGUCAUGGGGUCCUCUUGGAUGGUUGGUGCCUAGUGAGAUCUUCCCAUUGGAGAUUCGAUCAGCUGCUCAAAGUGUCACCGUAUCAGUUAACAUGUUGUUCACCUUCAUUGUUGCUGAAGUUUUCUUGACAAUGCUUUGCCACAUGAAGUUUGGGUUGUUCAUCUUUUUCGCUGUCUUUGUUAUUGCAAUGACAUUAUUUGUGCACUUCUUGGUACCUGAAACUAAGGGCAUCCCAAUUGAGGAGAUGGGAGGUGUGUGGAAGAAACACCCUUACUGGUCCAAAUUUGUCAGUGAAGAUCAAGCCAAUGGGGUUGAGCUGCAGAACAAUGGUGCUUUCAUUGUCUAAUUGAGUUAGUUUGUUUUUUUACAUUAGUUUGGUAACAAAACUUAUUAAUUAGUAGUUUAUUUGUUUUAGUCCAAUGUCAAUAGGGGCAUUUGAAGUUUAUUUGUUUUAUUUCAUUAGUAGUCUGCUUUUAUUAGGAAACUUACAAGUUGAGUUAAUUAGUUUAAUUGACAUUUGCAGCUUAUUAAUUUUUCUUUUACCGUUAUUAUCUAUUUACU